AUGUUAUAUAUAUUUUUAGUAAUUAACUUACUAUUUGCGAGAAGAGUAAAUGAAUUGGGUUAAUUAUUAACGAGAGAUAAAUUGCCAGUUGGAGCCAUUUUGACAAUCUCGUAUGAUGGAUAAUAGGUGGUUUGCAAUGAGCAAGGAUAUUUCCUCCUAAAGUAGGAGAAGUUUGAAGUUGAUGUGCUCGGUUUGUUCAAAUAGACAUUUUAUCCUGAUCCUCUGUAAAGGACAUUCAUCAUUGAUAAUAACCAAACUGCAGUCCUGUAAAUAGGUGGAUUGGUAAGUCAACCAGCCAACCUCAGUUUAAAUGUAAAUUAACCACUGAAUUUGAAAUAAAGUGAAUAUCAAAUUAAAGGAAAAUUCACAAUUCAAAUUGAUAUAAUGAAAUUGCUUGUUUAUUAGGCCAAGGUGGUGGUGUCUGCGGAGUCUUUCAAAAACAAUUCACAGAUCAUUUAUCUCUAUGGUUCAUAUGAAUAUGAUUUAGGAAUAAUGGAACUCAUUCCUGCAGAAAUAGAUGUGAAACUAAAAUUUAAUUUCAAAUUUGAUACUGAAUGUUAUUUAAUGUGCACCAAGUUUAAUGGGAAAUUGUAUGUGUUACAGAAUCAUACACAAGGAGGGGAGACGGUAGAAUUCAAUGGAAAAUUAUUCGAUGAGUGGCCAUAGCAGUGUCUUUUGUAUUCGGAUGAGGGAUGGGCAAAAUUGCUGGAAUUGGAAGGACCAAUAUCAGAUUUGGCCAGGAGUCAUUUAUGA